AUGGCGAUUUUGAAUUUUUGUGUUCUUCUUGUCGUGAUAUGUUUUGCUUCUGGAUCGAGUUCUUUGAAAACAGAACAAGUUCAACUCACUAGUCUCAAGUUUGCGGCGGAUAUCUAUUCGCAAUUGCUGGAGAAAAACACACAGGGAAAUGUAUUGUUUUCCCCAUUGAGUAUUUCGUUGGCAUUAACGAUGCUGAACGAAGGUGCUCGAGCGAAUUCUACGUCGCAACUUCGCUCAGCCUUGGGUCUCGGAUUAGACGAUGAGAAAAUUCGCAGGGCGUUCAAAUCUGUCGUUGAUAAAAUCGAGGUUAGGAAAGGAAGCGUCUCGCUGGAUAUCGCUGCAAAACUUUACUUCAGCAACUCAUCGGGCUUCGCCAUACAAGACUCGUUCAAACGAACGUUGACAAAUGAUUACGACUCAGAUGUCGAAAGUUUGAAUUUUAAUUCUUCGGAAGAUGCCAGAAGCCACAUCAACCAUUGGAUCGAACAGAGAACUCACGGAAAAAUCAAAGAUCUUCUGCCGAACGGGUCUAUUAAUUCAAACACGAAGAUAGUCCUAGCGAAUGCUGUUCACUUUAAGGGAAGUUGGGAGCAGCCGUUUGAUAAAUCGCAUACAGAAAAGCAAGACUUCCACAUUUCUCCGAAUAAAAUCAUACAAGUGGACAUGAUGAGGCUGUUCGACGGACUUUUCCUCACUAUGGAGAAUGAGGAUGUUUAUGCUGUCGACAUACCUUAUCAGGGAGAGGAAUUCUGGAUGACGGUGAUUGUGCCAAAGAAACGAUACGGAUUGAAAGACAUUGAAAAAACCCUCAAUGAAACCAUUCUUCACGAAUAUUUAUGGGGUGGCCGAAGCAGAGAAAGAUUGCGCCUGAAAGUGCCGAAAUUUCAAAUCGUCUCGUCAUUCGGACUCAGAAAAAUCUUGGAAGAAAUGGGAAUAAAAGACGUCUUCAAUCCUCAUGCGGCAAAUUUGAGCGGGAUUUCUGACAAACAGCUCUUUGUUGAUGAAGGAUAUCACAAGGCUUUCAUCAGAGUCGAUGAAGAUGGUUCUGAAGCUGCUGCUGCGACUGGAGGUGUUUUGCACUUGUAUUCUUUGCCCGCUGAAAUGGCAGUGGACCAGCCAUUUUUCUUGGCGAUCAAGCAUAUUGGCGUAAUGGAUCCAAUAUUUUUCGGUCGUGUGGGUGACCCAACAGAAGCAGAGACUUGAAACAUGAACUACUUCAGUCAGUACAGGAAUAUUUAGCCAAAUUCUUUCGUACCUGAUCUCUCUUCGGGAAUUCAAGAGCACAUUUCUCGACGAAUUACUGAAAAUCGAAAUGUGGGCAUGAGUAUAUCUAAUGUAUCGUGCAUGAUGACGAGCACCGCGGCUUAAUUAUGAGUUUUAUGACACCCAUCCAUGAUGCUUAGCAUUGAAUUUUUCGUUCAAUUAUUGGGUCGGUACGCUGGUUGAAAAUGUGGGUCUCAAAAUUACUCAUGGUGAACCGUGAUAUUUAGCACAGUGUGGGAAUAAUAAUUUUUUUUCGAAUUUUUUGUUGCGGAAGAUAACUUUUCAUUCCAAACCGCUUCAAAAAGUCCGGCGAAAAUCAGAUUAAUUCGCGUCUUCCUUUUUUUUUUCUUUUUUAAUCCGGAGCGAAUGGAUGAAUGAUUUGACAGAUUCGCAGCAGUGGAACUAGUUCAAUGAAAGCAUCCCUUUGUGAACUCUUCCCCGUUUCUGUUCCGGAAAGAGAGCAUGAUUUAUCGUAUCUACACUGCAGGUACUGAGCAGAAAGAUACGCUGGUGGAAAAACUUUCGGCAUCGCGUCUCAGUGCGAACUAUUUGUGAUCUCACUCAGCUUCUGGUGAAAGCAUGUUAAAAUAUUUUGAUUCCUCCGCCAGCUAAGACUGCGUCAAGGUUUUGAAAAGGUUUCCGUUUCUGAAUAUUUUCGUCUCCUAUACAGUACUACAGUUUCAUUUAUUGGCACGAUUUCUGUCGAAUAUCGUCGUUAUUAUGAUUCGUUUUUACGCAGUAAAUAAAAAGGUGAAUUGUUACUUCACGCUUCAAUAA